AUGUCUUCCAUUGGAAUUGAUUUAGGUACAACCUACUCUUGUGUUGGUGUCUGGCAAAAUGAUAGAGUAGAAAUUAUUGCAAAUGAUCAAGGUAAUCGUACAACACCAUCGUAUGUUGCCUUUACAGAUACAGAGAGAUUGAUUGGAGAUGCCGCCAAGAAUCAAGUCGCUAUGAAUCCAACCAAUACAGUUUUCGAUGCCAAGCGUUUAAUUGGUCGUAAGUUCUCCGAUUCCGUCGUACAAUCCGAUAUGAAACAUUGGCCAUUCAAGGUCAUACAGAAGGAGGGUGACAAACCAUUCAUUGAAGUCGAGUUCAAGGGAGAGAAGAAGGUGUUCCAACCGGAGGAAAUAUCAUCGAUGGUGCUCUUAAAGAUGAAGGAAACCGCCGAGUCAUUCCUUGGAAAGACCAUCAACAACGCUGUCAUUACCGUGCCAGCCUACUUUAAUGACUCGCAGCGUCAAGCCACCAAGGAUGCCGGUGUCAUUGCCAAGUUGAAUGUCCAACGUAUUAUUAACGAGCCAACUGCCGCCGCUAUUGCCUACGGUCUCGAGAAGAAGGGUGCCGGUGAGAGAAACAUUCUCAUUUUCGACUUGGGAGGUGGAACUUUCGAUGUCUCUUUGUUGACCAUCGAAGACGGUGUCUUUGAAGUAAAGGCAACUGCUGGUGACACUCAUUUGGGAGGUGAGGAUUUCGACAAUCGUAUGGUCAACCACUUUGUCGAGGAGUUCAAGCGUAAGCACAAGAAGGAUUUGAUGUCCAACCAGAGAGCUUUGCGUCGUUUGAGAACUGCCUGUGAGCGUGCCAAGAGAACUCUCUCGUCGAGCACUCAAGCCUCAGUGGAAAUCGACUCGCUCUUUGAGGGUAUCGAUUUCUACACUUCCAUUACUCGUGCUCGUUUCGAAGAGUUGAAUGCCGACUUGUUCCGUGGAUGUAUCGAGCCAGUCGAGAAGGUCAUCAAGGAUUCCAAGUUGGCCAAGGGUGCCAUCAACGAUAUUGUGUUGGUCGGUGGAUCCACUCGUAUUCCAAAGGUACAACAGUUGCUCCAAGACUUCUUCAACGGUAAGGAGUUGAACAAAUCCAUCAAUCCAGACGAAGCCGUUGCCUACGGUGCUGCAGUACAAGCUGCCAUUCUUUCGAAUGAGGGUGGUGAGAAGGUUGCCGACUUGCUCUUGCUCGAUGUCGCUCCACUUUCUCUCGGUUUGGAGACUGCCGGUGGUAUCAUGACCAACUUGAUCCCAAGAAACACCACCAUUCCAUGCAAGAAGUCACAGACUUUCUCUACCUACUCUGACAACCAACCGGGUGUAUUGAUCCAAGUAUUCGAAGGAGAGCGUCAGAUGACUCGUGACAACAAUCUUCUCGGUAAAUUCGAGUUGUCCGGUAUCCCACCAGCUCCACGUGGUGUCCCACAGAUUGAAGUGACCUUUGAUAUCGAUGCCAACGGUAUCUUGAAUGUAUCCGCUGAGGACAAGUCCACCGGUAAAGUCCAAAAGAUCACUAUCACCAACGAUAAGGGUCGUUUGACAAAGGAACAAAUCGAAAAGAUGGUUGCCGACGCCGAGAAGUACAAGGUUCAAGACGAAGCUCAAAGAGACAAGGUCGAAGCCAAGAACAAGUUGGAGAACUACGCAUACUCUGUCCGUGGUAGUCUCAAAGAAGAGAACAUCUCAUCCAAAUUGGACCCAGAUGACAAAUCCAAGAUUGACACUGCCGUCGAAGAUUGCAUCAAGUGGUUAGAUUCCAAUCAGACCGCAGAGAAGGAUGAAUUUGACCACAAGAUGAAGGAGCUAGAGUCCAUCGUCAACCCAAUCAUGACCAAGAUGUACCAACAAGGAGGUGGUGAAGGUGGUAUGCCAGGUGGUAUGCCAGGUGGAAUGCCAGGUGGAAUGCCAGGUGGUAUGCCAGGUGGAAUGCCAACUGAUGGUGGAAAGAAGAGUGGUUCAGUUGAUGAACUUGACUAA